UUAGCAGAUAAGCGUGGAAUUGCAAUUUGUGAUUGCGUCGAAUCCACAUUGAACGUACGAUAUUUGAGAUGGACAGUCCAACGGUAUACGUGAAGCAAGGAAAACUUCUUGGUAAAUUUGAUAAAGAUUACCAUGGCAAUAAAUUCAUUGCCUUCUAUGGUAUACCGUACGCCAAGCCUCCAGUGGGACCUCUUAGGUUUAAAGCUCCUCAACCGCCAGAGAGUUGGGGUGAAGAAAUUCGAGAUGCACGUAAUGAAGGUGAUCAAAGUUUCUCUAGAAACAUGAUCACGCAGGAAUUGAUGGGUUCCGAAGAUUGUCUUUCCUUGAAUGUGUUUACAAAAGAUUUACCUAAAGUUGAAUCGAAACUCAAACCGGUAAUGCUAUGGAUUCACGGUGGUGGAUUCACUAGCGGCUCAAGCUCGAGUCAAUUCUACGGUCCAAAUUUUCUCAUAACAGAGGACAUAGUUUUAGUGACAAUCAACUAUCGUUUGGGCAUAUUUGGUUUUCUAAGUUUCGAUGAUCCAGAAUUGGAAGUCUCGGGAAAUGCGGGCCUUAAGGACAUGGUCAUGGCUCUCAAGUGGGUACAGAAGAACAUACAUAACUUCAAUGGCGAUCCUAGCAAUGUUACUAUAUUCGGAGAAAGCGCAGGAGGAGCCGCAGUUCAUCUACUAGUGCUAUCACCAAUGGCAAAGAAUCUUUUUCAUAAAGCUAUCGCUCAAAGUGGUUGCGCUAAUAGUAUUUGGGCAUGCGGCAAGAAAGGCGCCAAGGAAAUUAUCGAAUAUUUUGGUUUGACGUGUAAAAAAGAUAAAGAUGUCUUGAAAGCUUUACAGAAUAUGACGAAAGAGCAAUUAUACGAAGCGCAAGAAUCAAUUAAAGAGGUAUUCAAGGCUAAUGAGCUCAGACCGUUUUCUCCAGUAAUAGAAAAUCCAAAUGUUAAAGGCGAUGUUUUCCUGGCUGAGCAUCCUAAUAAAAUCAUGUCCAUUGGGAAUUAUAAUCAUGUACCUUUAAUAAUGGGUUACACGAGUGAAGAAGGCAUGUUUUUUGCAGCAACUAAAAAAAUGUUGAACGCGGAUGGAAAAUUUACAAAUUUUGAAAAUGUUGUUCCCCAUCAUCUUAAUUUGGAGUUGGGCAGUACAAAAUCAAAGGAAAUUGCUGAGCGCAUCAAAGACUUCUACUAUAAAGGCAAUAAUGAUCUCAGUUCAAUUGAUAUUUUCUAUAAGCUUCAAUCGGCCAACUGGUUUACAAGGGAUAUUUUAAAUUGCUUUAAACAUCAUGUGGCAACUAACAGCUAUCCAAGUUACCUUUACAAGUUUGCUGCGGAAACAUCUUUAAAUAUAUUUAAAAUUAUGUGCGAAAUCAAAGAAAAAGGUGCUGCUCAUGGAGACGAUCUGGGUUAUUUAUUUACAGGAAUGUUCUCUCCCGCUAUUAAGCCAGGAUCUAUUGAAGAGAUUUGUAUGAAAAGACUUGUGAAAUUGUGGACAUCUUUCGCAAAGACUGGAAAACCAGAAAUCACUGAAGUCGAUUGGAAAUGCGCAGAAAUAGAUCAGAUAAAUUAUUUAAAUUUUGCCGAGAAAGUUACGUGUGAGAAGAAUCCAGAAACGGAAAUGAUUAAUUUCUGGAACGAUAUUUUCUCAUUGUAGAAAAAAAAAUGAAUUUUAGUUUAGAUUAUUAUAUGCACGCGAAUGAGGUUCAACAUAUGGACCUUCAGCCAAGUCGAAUGACAAUGUCACAUUGAUGAACAGAUUGUGAAUAAAAUCAU